UAGAAACAGAAUGGACGAGGAAUUCAUUGUAGAAUGUAUGGAAAUAGACUGGGAAUAUGAGUUUGACGCUGCUCGGUUUUAUGAUUUCUGCCGAGCGGAGUCAACUUCCGAGGCUGAAGAUGCCCAGCGCUGGUUUCAAACCUCUGGCAAUUAUCCGCCUUCUCCUCUCAUUAUAAAGUUAAACCUGGGGAAAGAGAUUACAGCAGGAAACUCAAAUGGUUGCUCAAGGUUACAAGAUGGGAAAACGGCAAAAUCAAAAGGCAACAACUCAUACGUUCCUGUUGGUUCUGAAGUUUCGCCCUCCAAAUUGAAAACUAAAGGAACAAUAUCUAAAGGUCAAACUACUUAUGAAAUUUCUAAGACAAAGCCAGAGCCAAGAUCUUCAAAUGCAAGAGGUUCAACUUUAAUGAAGCCCACGGCUAGUCAUUUGGCUAAACAGAAGUCGCAGAAAACAUCUGACAAGACUGAUGUGACAAGCUCACAGAAUUCUUUGGCAUUCGAAAAUAUUGCUACCAAAAGGCAAAAGCUAGAGAUUGGUUAUCUACUUAAGAUUGCUCACUUGAAGCAUCAACGUCUACUAUCUCACAAGAUAUCCAAAAAGGAUACCUCAUCCAUCUAUAACUCGGCACAUCCCAAAUCUAAAGUUACUGUUCCAAGAGAACCUGAACUAGAAACUCUGCAGAGGGCACAAAGGCGAAUUUUCAGGUACAACAAGGACUCAAAGUCAAGUGAAAUCACAAAAGCCAAAACCCAAAUGCUUAAAGCACAGCCCUUGAACAGAAAUAUCCUCAAGGCUGCUACAUUACCUCCUCUCAGAAAUAGUAGAGCACCAUGGCCUGAGUUUCAUCAGUUAUCAAACUUUCCAAAUGCCAAUUGCGCCGCACAAAACACUUUAGUGGACUUCAAAAGACCAAACACUCAAAAUGCUGUGAAGCAGGGAAAAUCUGUAACAUCGCUCAAAUCAAGAUCUCAUAAAUGUAACAAGAUAUUUCCAAGUAGGGAAGAUCAUGUCAUAGGUGACGACGUUGGACAAGAAAGUACAAACUCAAUGGUAACACAUGAUUUCAUUGAAUCCAAAUCCAUAUUUGAUCAGAAACUUUCAGUGCAUCCGCCAAUUGAACUGCUCAAUAAGUUAUCCCUCAGAUCUGAAAAGGAAACAAGUGAAGUGGCUAAGACAAAAAAGAACCCCUCAGCAAAGGAGUCAAAGGAGAAUGCUCCAAAUUGUUUGCAGAUUAAAUUUCGGAAAUGUGUUGGAAAGCCAAAUCAGUGUGCGGCAGAGAGGGGCACCAGGAUUGGGCACCACUCCAACACGAACAGGUAUCAUAUUGCUUGAGUUUCAUAUAUAGGAAAACAGAAAGUCCAAAGGCGGAUCGAGGAUUUAAAUUCUAGGGGUUCAACAUCUUAAAUUUUUAGCACUAAACCAUUAUAUUUUUAAAGUUAUGGGUUCAUAUCUACUAUUUAUUGUAAUUUUAGUAAAUUCUUACACAUAAAUUUAUGCCUCGCAUCGAAAGUUUGGGGUUCAAUUGAACCCAAGUUAUAAUGCUCCAUCCGCCUCUGAGAAAGUCCACAGAAGAACUUUUAAUCAAGAUAAACCUUUUAAGCUAGAGCUUCUUUUGUUUACUUUUAGAGUUUUAUAAAGGGAUACUUAACCAUAUCGCUGCAUUCUUUGAGACCUUGUGCGACCAUAGUCUUAAAGUUAUGGACUUGGAGAGCAAAACUAUUGUUUUACCUCAUUUAAAAUUCCCUUUUGGUUAGUCAGUAGACUCAGUACUAUCAUAUCUCUUGUUUUAUCAAAUGAUAUUCUACAAUAAUAACUUGCCGUCCUUGAUCCUUUAAACCCAUCUCGGCAGC